UCGUCAGAGUAUGGAGUAGUCUAGAACAGACAAAGGCUAUAUAAAUAUGUCUAGUUGACUCUGCAUGCUCACAUAUUAAAAAAGCGAAAGGACAAAUCCAGUGCGCAACAACGCAUUCAGAGGGAAAACAUCACUUUAUCUGUCUACUAAAAUGUCUGCUGCUAAAGGAGUAUCAAUUGGAAUUGAUCUGGGAACAACCUAUUCAUGUGUGGGAGUAUUUCAGCAUGGUAAAAUUGAAAUAAUUGCCAAUGACCAGGGAAACAGGACAACACCCAGCUAUGUGGCCUUCACAGACACAGAGAGACUUAUUGGAGAUGCAGCCAAAAACCAAGUUGCCAUGAACCCCAACAAUACUAUAUUUGAUGCUAAACGGCUUAUUGGCAGAAAAUUUGAUGACCCCAUAGUCCAGUCUGACAUGAAACUCUGGCCCUUUAAGGUGGUUAAUGAUAGCGGAAAACCCAAAGUACAAGUUGAAUACAAAGGGGAAACUAAAACCUUCUAUCCUGAGGAGAUCUCCUCCAUGGUCCUGGUCAAAAUGAGACAGAUUUCGGAGGCCUUCUUGGGACAGCAGGUUAACAAUGCUGUCAUCACAGUCCCAGCCUACUUUAAUGACUCACAACGGCAGGCAACCAAGGAUGCAGGCGUCAUCGCUGGUCUAAAUGUCUUGAGAAUCAUCAAUGAACCCACAGCAGCUGCCAUUGCCUAUGGCCUGGACAAAGGGAACAGAGGGGAGCGCAAUGUAUUGAUCUUUGACCUUGGAGGAGGCACCUUUGAUGUGUCAGUCCUGACGAUAGAAGAUGGAAUUUUUGAAGUGAAAGCAACAGCAGGAGACACGCACCUGGGUGGGGAGGACUUUGACAAUCGCAUGGUCCAACACUUUGUCGAUGAAUUCAAGAGGAAAAACAAAAAGGACAUAAGUCAGAACAAGAGGGCUGUGAGGAGAUUGCGUACAGCAUGCGAGAGGGCCAAGAGAAUCCUGUCGUCCAGCACCCAGGCAAGCCUCGAGAUCGACUCGCUCUUUGAUGGCAUUGACUUCUACACGUCCAUCACCAGGGCACGCUUUGAGGAGUUAAACUCUGAACUCUUCAGGGGAACAUUAGAACCAGUUGAAAAAGCCCUCAGGGAUGCCAAAAUGGACAAGAGCCAGGUCCAUGACAUUGUGCUUGUGGGUGGCUCGACGCGCAUCCCUAAAAUUCAAAAACUCCUGCAGGAUUUCUUCAACGGUAGAGAUUUGAAUAGAAGUAUAAAUCCGGACGAGGCAGUGGCAUACGGAGCAGCUGUUCAGGCUGCCGUCCUCAUGGGUGAUACUUCAGAAAAUGUACAGGACUUACUGUUGCUCGAUGUUGCUCCACUUUCUUUAGGUAUUGAGACUGCUGGAGGAGUCAUGACACCCCUGAUUAAACGCAAUACCACUAUCCCGUCAAAACAGACACAGAUAUUCUCAACAUAUUCAGACAACCAGCCCGGUGUGCUGAUUCAAGUGUAUGAAGGUGAACGAGCCAUGACCAAAGAUAAUAGCCUUCUUGGAAAGUUUGAACUCAUUGGUAUCCCGCCUGCGCCUCGUGGAGUCCCUCAGAUUGAGGUGACCUUUGACAUUGACGCGAAUGGCAUCCUGAAUGUUUCAGCAGCUGACAAGAGCACUGGCAAAGAGAACAAGAUCACAAUCACCAAUGAUAAGGGACGGUUGAGCAAAGAAGAAAUUGACAGGAUGGUCCAAGAAGCCGACAAGUACAGGGCAGAGGAUGAACUCCAGAGAGAGAGGAUUGCUGCCAGGAAUUCUCUUGAGUCAUAUGCCUUCAAUAUGAAGAGCAGUGUGGAGGACGAGAAGAUGAGGGGGAAAAUCAGUGAGGAGGAGAAGAACAAAGUCAUAGAGAAGUGUAAAGAAGCAAUCUCCUGGCUUGACAACAACCAACUGGCUGAAAAGGAAGAGUAUGAGCACCACCUGAAGGAACUUGAGAAAGUGUGCAGUCCAGUCAUCUCCAAACUGUACCAGGGAGGGGUACCACCAGGAGGCUGUAGAGCCCAGGCUCAAGCUGAAUCUCAAGGUCCCACCAUUGAGGAACUGGAUUAAACUGGUAGAAUUAUGGAGGCAAGACGUUGGUGCUGGAGCUGUGACAGAAAGAGACUGCUCUUUGUGAAACAGCUCUUAUGCAGUUUUGUAGCAAAUCUCAGAAGAACGGAAUGGUUUAUUAUCUUAACCCGAAGUCAAACUGGCUAAAACAGGACGGUAAAUCCUUUGGAGGGGAUUAGUCUGAGCCUUAAGUACUUCCAAAAGGUGUUAUGGGAAAUUUAUUUUCGACUCAAACAGGCACUAUUUUUGUCUCAGAGCUAUUGGUAACAAAAAUAAAUAGGGGAUGCGCAUAUCCUAAUAACAAUGAUAAAGCAAUUUAAGCUGUAACAGAUUGAAAUGUGUGUUCUUUUCCAAGAAAGUUAUUUUUUCAACCAGUGUUUUUAAAUAGAAUUACGUUGUAAAACAUAUACUGUAACUGCAUGUUUUGGGACAGACAAAUGUCUAUGUCAGUAUGUUAUUUAUGUAUCUUUUCUGUAAUUGAUUAAAAAUAAAAAUAUCACAGUG